CUUGGACACUAUUAUGCACUCGUAGGCCAUGACGUAGUGCCCCGCCAUUUCCGCCAAGCCAUUCCCAUGCCCACGCCACGACGCCGCGAAAAAAUGCGCUAUUGGGAGAGGCGAGAACCACACUCGGUUAUUCGGCGCCGCCCAACACCUCGCAUGCGAAACACAUAUCGCGUUUGUCCACUACGCGCAACGCCGUUCUGGACAGGGCAUGCCCUCGCCCGACCCAUGCCUAUCCCUUCCGCACCUCGCGCCUAGCCCGCUCCCAACCGCGCGCCAAGCAAGGGCCACUAGGAAUCGCCCACGCGGCUGGGAAAAAUAUGGAUUCGACCACGCAGCCCUGCCCGCCUGCGCAAAGCUCCACGUCAUUCCACAAACUCUCUCCUGCUCUCCCGCGCUCCCGCUCUCCCGCUCUCCCGCUCUCCCGCUCUCCUGCGCUCCCGCUCUCCCGCUCUCCUGCUCUCCCGCUCUCCCGCUCUCCCGCUCGCUCCCGCUCUCCCGCUCUCCCGAUCUCCCGCUCUCCCGCUCGCCCGCGCUCCCGCUCUCCGGCGCUCCUGCUCUCCCGCUCGCCCGCUCUCCCGCGCUCCCGCUCUCCCGCUCUCCCGCGCUCCCACUCUCCCGCUCGCCCGCUCUCCCGCGCUCCCGCUCUCCCGCUCUCCCGCUCUCUCGCUCUCUUGCUCGCCCGCGCUCUUGCUCUCCUGCUCGCCCGCUCGCCCGCUCACCCGCGCUCCCGCUCUCCUGCUUGCCUGCUCCCCUGCUGCAUCCCACCCCCUGCUGCACCUCCCCCUGCCAGGCCAUCCCGCCCUGCACCAGCGCACCCCUCUCACUGCCCCCCUGCACCGCGUCAUGAGCCUCCCCUCCUUCGCCCGUCUCCUUUUCCUUCCCCCCGUCCCUCUCUCACAGCAGACCACCCCGUGCUGCACCAGCGCACCCCUCUCACGAGCCAUUCCUCACCCUCGUUUCCCCAUCCGGCUCCCUCUCCCCCUCCUUGUUUCCCCACCCCUAUGUCUUCUUCCUUCUGCCCCUCCUCCCCCCCCUCCCUGCCAUCGCUCCCCCCCCCCAGGCAUCGGGUACGAUGUGCUGGUGGACUUCAUCCGCUACACCCAUGUCGUCUCCCUGCUGGCGCCAGACGCCGCGGACAACCUGCCCGCGGGGCACUUCUGGCAGCCGGGGGGGUUCGCCCCAGACGACAUGAACCCCAACAUGACGGCCCUGAGGGAGGUGAUGCCGCACUUACAUGUCACGCCUCGCACACAAGCAAUUCCGCCGCUCAAUCCUUCUGGAAAAAUGACAUCCGGCAUUCGUCUCGCUUGAUCAUCCGAGUUCCAUCAAUCGCACUCUAAGGAUCAAUGGUGGUUGGCGGUUGGGUGGGCUGUUGGAAUUAUGACGAGCAAUUGGUUGUACCAAUUGGGGUAACGUGCUCGCUAUAAAGGUUACAGAAAACAGGGUCUGUGUCCAGUGUGCUAGUUGUUUCAUAUAAUAAAGGUGGACCGAACAA